CGCCCGUUACGCACCACAACAAAUUAGCCCGAAGAGGUCUCAUCUCCAGAAAUGCAGACUGAGGAAUACAAUCGCAGAGGUAAGGAGCUGGUGGACUACAUCACCAAGUACCUGGGCUCCAUCAGGGAGAGAAGAGUCAUUCCAGAUGUGAAACCGGGUUACAUGAAGGAGCUUCUUCCUGAUGCUGCACCUACAGAGCCAGAGGACUGGGAGAAUAUCUUCAAUGAUAUCGAGAAAGUCAUUAUGCCGGGGGUGGUUCACUGGCAGAGCCCUCACAUGCAUGCCUACUACCCGAGUCUGACGUCAUAUCCCUCCAUGCUCGGGGACAUGCUCGCCGAUGCCAUCAACUGCGUGGGAUUCACCUGGGCCUCGAGCCCAGCUUGCACAGAGCUGGAAAUGCAUGUGAUGGACUGGCUGUGUAAAGCACUGGGGCUCCCGUCUUUCUUCCUGCAUCACCAUCCAGACAGCAGAGGUGGAGGUAUACUGCAGAGCACAGUCAGUGAGAGCACGCUGGUUGCUCUGCUCGCAGCCAGAAAAGAUAAAAUCCUGCAGCUGCGAGCUGAACUUGACCAAGACGUGGACGACUCGGCCCUGAACUCAAGACUGGUGGCCUACGCUUCAGAUCAGGCUCAUUCCUCAGUUGAGAAGGCAGGUCUGAUCUCCCUGGUGAAGAUCAGGUUUCUGCCCACGGACGAGCAGCUGUCUCUGAGAGGAGACACCUUGAAACAAGCCAUACAGGAAGACAGGAGGAUGGGACUGGUCCCGUUCAUGCUCUGUUCAACUCUGGGAACGACGGGAGUGUGUGCCUUCGACAAGCUAUCCGAACUGGGACCAGUUUGUGAAGAGGAAGGAGUCUGGCUGCACGUUGACGCCGCGUACGCCGGCUCCGCAUACUUCUGCCCGGAGCUGCGCUGGUCCCUGGAGGGCAUCGAAUUUGCGGACUCUUUUGUCUUCAACCCUUCCAAGUGGAUGAUGGUCCAUUUUGACUGCACAGCUUUCUGGGUUAAAGACAAAUAUAAGCUCCAGCAAACCUUCAGCGUUGAUCCUGUUUACCUCAGACAUGAAAACUCACAGGCUGCCACUGACUUUAUGCACUGGCAAAUUCCUCUCAGUCGACGUUUCCGUUCUCUCAAACUCUGGUUCGUCAUGCGCUCCUUCGGGUUGAAAAACCUCCAGGCUCACAUCAGACAUGGGAUUGAGAUGGCAAAGCUCUUGGAGUGUCACAUAAAGAGUGACCCAAAUUUUGAAGUUCCAGCCAAGAGGCACCUAGGCCUGGUCGUCUUCUGUCUGAAGGCAGGAAAUGCUUUGACCCAGGAGCUGCUGAGGAGACUGACCCGGUCAGGCACCAUGUACCUCAUCCCUGCAGACAUUCACACCAAACGCAUCAUCCGGUUCACCGUGACCUCACAGUUCACCACCGCAGACGACAUCCUCAAGGACUGGGGCACCAUCUCUAAAACAGCCUCCACUCUUCUGGCUGAGACGCAGGCUUUGAAUGACUCCGACCAGCUCAAACCAGGGGACGACGAAGUCAUGGGAGACGAAGAAAACCACGUCGCCAACCCAGACGCUAAGGCCAAUGAGAAAGAGGACGCCGCCUCCAAGCUGGACAAAGCUCAAGUGGAGCUGUGGAUCGACAAGGCUUGGAAUCGGUCUCGAAGGCCGAUGCGCUCUCUCAGCUGCAACAGCGAGCCUUUGCCUUACACUUACAUCGGGCCGCUGUCAGGCUGUGACUCUGAAUCGAGGCCCAGUCUCAAAGACGCUGCAGGCAGCCUCCCCGUGCCAUCAGCGACAGGAUGUGGCACCAUGUUAAAGAUUACAGAGAUGCCUUCAAAUCUUCUGGGCAAACAGGUCCUGAAAAAGCUGACCAAGUUCUACAGUGUGCCCAGUUUCUGCAACCCAUGGGUGCAGUGUAGUCGGCACCAGCUGUGCUGCCCUAUGAAGGUUUCGCAGGCAGCUCAAAAACACUUGUCCUCCACCUGCAGAAGAAUGAACUGUAUCUCGUCCUCUCCCACUGCUAACUCUCCUCCCUCUCCCACCGCACUGGAAACUGCAACAGCACCAAAGCUUCUGUAACA